CCCUGUGGGGCUGCCAACACACUUCAGGCCUGGAGCUUAAACUGCAUCAACCAGUCUUGAAACAGUGUCCUUAACGUAGCUAGGCUGUACUGGGAGAAAGAGUGUAAUUUGGACUGAGCUGCAUCCACACCAGGGGAUGUCUUCUCAGCAAGGAAUGGGAGCGGCCUACCAGAGGCAGGCAGUGCACGAUGGUGGGAAGACGGUGUGUCUUCUGUCACAGCCUGUGCCUUCAGCUCUACUGGUGAUGUCCCAGCAGAGCUGUUUUCCCCAGUCCGGGUGGAAUGGUGGGAAGUGAUGCAACAGGAGCAGCGAGGAUCAAGAGCAGGCGACUGCUGCUGUGACUGCCAGGGGCUCAUUUGAAGGAGCACAGUUUCAGCCCGCUAAGGCCUCAGUCACCUUCACAACACCCUUGAAAGGUGCUCGCUUACGCCGGGCUGCUGCGUAUUCAUGCUGCGUAUGAAUGCUGCAUCAUUCAUAUUUAAGGAUAGCCACAGCCCUUCCUGGGUUUUAGGCUCAUGCCAUUUACUGGGGGCAAAAAUAAUCAUCUUUAUGCAAGUCCUUCUUACUAAAGCCCUGGCUGCCUUAGCAGUGAUGCAGAAUUCUUAGUCGAAAGGAUGCCGAAGAGACGGAGGGGUUCCAUGGGAGCAAACAAGCUGUAACACAGCUCACAACAACAACAACUGCUCACAACCAACAUGGGCGUGGAAUGGAACUUUUUGCUCAAGGCUGCUGCAGCCCACCUUUGUGCUCCCACGCAGUCAUCUCCUUUGUGCCCUCCUCAGGUAUGUCCUCUUACAUGAUAGCAUAAAGCGAGAUAUGGGACACUGUCUGUGCAAACAGGCUGAAGUCAAGAGUCCGAGAAGUAGAGGGCUGAGCAAUCACCAACUGUAUGAAAUACGGCAAGAGCAAGUGACUGCACCUAAGGCAGGAGAACCACGGAUAUAUGCACAGACUGGGGGACACGUGGACGGAGAAGAGCUCUGUGGAAAGGGAUCUGAGGGAUCUGGUUGGUGAUAAGUUGAAUGUGAGUCAACAGUAAGCCCUGGUAAUCAGAAAGGCCAAUUGUAUCCUGUUGGGCAUCAGGCAUAGCACUGCCUAAUACAUAUAAGGUCAUUUGAUUUGUUCAGCACAGAGCAUAGGAUAGAUGCUAUGACCACAGAGCUAAUGUCAUUGUGGUCUACAGCUUCCUCACAAAAGUAAACAGGGAGGAAAGCAGGGAUCACUUUCAUCUAGCGACCAGCAAUAGAACCUGAGGAAACUGCAUAAAGCUGUGUCAGGGGGAAUUCAGGUUGGAUAUUAGAAGAAAGUUAUUCACUGAGAGGGUGCUCGCUCUUCUGGGAGUUGACGUGAGCUGGCAACUAUCUCCAGGAUUUUCCUUCUGCAGAUGACCCAUCAUCAGGGCUUCCCUCAGGCUGCUGGGAACGGCACGUGCAGCAGUAAUGAUCACAACCUGUGAGGCUCACGCAGCCUCAAGAGUAGAGGCCUUACAGAGAUAUCUUGUCAAAUCAGAGGGCAGUCACCAAACUUAGGAAAUUUAACAAGAGCAACUGCCGGAUUCUGCACCUGGGACAGAAAGAGACUUAGCUCUAGUAACUAAAGUGAAUGUGACUUUAGGCUGUAUAGGAAUGUAGCUUUCCCCUCAUUGCAAAAGCUCACUGUUAACAGUGAAGAACAGGAUUCAACUGGAGAAGUCAAAAGAGACAUGAAGAAUGAUGGGAUAAUGUCUGCAUAGCAGCAGCUGGAGAAGCACUGCCCGUUCUGGGAAGAUGCCACCCAAGAAGCACCACCUAGAACUGGAUGAAUGGACGAAUGAAAGAGGGAGAGAAAAUUAGAUUGGUUAAAUUAGAUUGGUUACACUCAACAGCUUGAGUUGGAACUAUGUAAGAAUGGGGUUAUGGCAACUCAUACCAACUAUGGAAUUGAAAGUAACAAGGUUCCUCCUAGGGGACACUCACCUUGAGCUGCAAAUCACAAGAACUGCAAACAAAUGAGGCUGAAGGACAGUCAGACUGAUGUACCAAAAGGAGAAGUCAAGGCUUGAACGGGAGAAUGUUGGAGGGGGCAGCAGCAUGAUUCCUUCAGAGCAAGGUGGAAGGAGUGCAACUCCUGCAACAGUUUCUGGAGACCAGGGUGGAAGCCUAUAGGUGAUGGUCCUCUCACCACCAAGCAUCCAGUUGCCAGCAGUGGGUGAGUUCAUUGGGACUUUGAGCAAGUCUUCAAUUUGUGUUACUAAAUUCAGGCUUGGAAGCACACUACAUAUGGGAGAGACACUUGGUGCAGGAAAGGAGAUGUCCGUAGGCAAGGUACUCGAAAACUGAAUGAAAAGAGAUGAAGCUGCAGAUGUAUCAACAAAAGUGUAAGCACAUGACAUUUGACUUGGCAGGUUUGUGGGAAGGUCAGCUUCCCCGUGUUUGUAUUUCUCCAUACUAGAGAGGUUUUAUCCGCUUGGCUUGCUUAAUGGCAGCACGUUUCACAUGCGUGGAUAACGUGCAAUAGCAUCCUUGACCCAGACCCCAUUUCCAUAUUGCAUCUCUUCCUCAAUGGCCUGAGGUGUUACGGAUGCACGUAGAUGGAAAUAAUUAUCUCUUAGAGUUGCUGAAGCACUGUAGAAGUUUGCCAAGAGAAGCUGUGGAUGCUCUGUCCCUGGAGGUCUUCAAGGCCAGGGUGGAUGGGGCUCUGGGCAGUAUGACCCAGUGGGUGGCAUUCCUGCCCACGGUAGUGGGCUUGGGGUUAUAAGUUCUUUACCGUCCCUUCCAACCCAAGCCAUUCUAUGAUUCUGCAUUUCUAUGACGUAAGCACCGGCCUCACGCAGCCCUGGUGCAGUGUAUCACAAGAGCUUCAGGCCGUGGGGAGCUGCCACCCAGAAUCACAGAGUUGUGAGGUCACAAUGCCCCAUCCUAUGGCUGUGCUAUGCUGUGCUGUGAGCUCACAAGCUGCGACGCUGUCCUGUGCUGCAGGCUUCGCUCUGUGAAACACUCACUGUGGCUGCAGCGGUGGUGGUGGAAGCAUGGUGCAAGUGUGGGGGGCCAUGGCCCCUGCCCGCCUUGUCCUCUUCCUCCUACUGAUGGCCAUGUGUUUCCAGGAGACCUGUGCUGCUCCAUGGAGAGCACCGGGAGCAGGUGGGUGGGCAGAGAUGGGACCCAAACUGAGCAGCACUGAGGGCAAGAAGUCAGGCUGUGUCCCCACGGCCCUGUGCCACACUUCCCUGGGGCCUGCCUUCCAUGGGGGUGGUGUUGGGCAGAGGGUGAUGGGCAGCACCACAGGAGCCGGGUAAGAGCCCGUGGCAGAGCUGCUCCUCAGGGCUGGCUCCAGCCAUGCCGGGCCAUGGCUCUGCUGCUUGCUGCCUGGAGCACAUCCUGGGAGAUAUCCUGGGGAGAGCUCAGAAGAUGUGUGCUGGAAAAAGAGCGAGCAUUUCUGCUCCAGGCUCAUGGUAUUCCGCAUAGAUGAAUCCCAGUUUCCAACAGAGCCACAGCCCACAGCCCAGAGGAAGAGACAGACAUGCUUUCCUCCGGUGCUUCAGUGUGACCUUCCUGUACGUCAGAGGCCUCCCAGUAAGAAAGCCCCGAGAGGCUGUAUCUUCUUCCAUGCGGUCUGUGAGGGAUGUGGCACAUGGCCUGGAGAGAGUAUUGUGUACGCUGCCAGGUGCCAGCCUACAGGUCAUCCUGGACACCCUGCAACUUUCAAAAUCAUGACCUGAGUCCUUCUCCCAUCCCGUUCCACGACCCACAUGCAGUUACUGAGAGAGAAAGAGAUCACACCGUGCAAUGGGAACUUCUCUCAUCUGUUCUUGAUUCUAGAUGAUGAGCUCAGAGCUCCCUUUCCAGGUGACCCUUUGGAUCCGGAUUCUGUGCAUGUGCCCGUGGGACAACCCAGAGGCCCUGCUGGUGAAUCAGCAGAAUGGAAUCCUGUCUAUGAGCCUGAGGGGGAUGCUGGAGAUGUGCCUGGAGGAGGUGAUCCAGGUUCCCCUCUAGGUUCUGGGACUGAAUCUCCAGCAGAUCACAUGGGUCCAGAAGAAGGAAAGGAUGAAUCCAAAAGAGUAGAAUACUCCCAGGGCUCAUCCCAUCUCCUAAAUGACCUGCUGAAGGAAAUGGAGAAUGCAGCGCGUGGGACUGACCAACAAACUGCACAGGACGCGCUGCAGGAAGGCAGCCAUCCCACGCUGCCAGUCUGGGACAGAGGAACGCAGACAGCGCCAACGACUGGCAUGCCAGGGAUGAAUGCUGGGAAAAGCACAAAGGCUGCUGUUCACAAAUCUGUGCGAAAGCGCCGCAUCGCAGCGAUGGUACUGUUCUCAGCUGUGCUGCUGUCUGCACUGUUGUUGGCCUGUGGUGCUGCGUUAUGGAUGUGCAAAAAAUACCUAGUGUGCAAGAGAGAAGAAAGAGCAGCAGAACGAGCUCUUCCUGAUACCAACUGAGAGAGUGUUCCAGCUGGAGAUGAGGGCAGAACGGAGCUGGGAGAGGCAACAAGAGAGACUCCUGCCCAACCAAACCAGAAUCUCAACAAUAGUUCCAGUCCAUUCCAUUCUACCAUCCAAGAUACCAAAGGUCUUCAAAGUCAUCUGGAAGACCUGGAGCGUGAACUCAAAGCCAAAAAAGAAGUCCACGGGAACAGUCCUGAGUGCUGCUUUCUGUCAGAGGACAGCCCUGAAGCUGAGAGCGGAGAAUCAGCAGCAGAGCCUUUGUCCUUCACCCUGCAUUCUCCAGGACAAGUAUCAGCAAUAAUUCCAAGAUUCUUAGCUCACCAUAGCUACAGUCCUUUUGAGGGUCGUAGUGAGAACCCAGAAAGUGAGCUUCCUCUGACUGCUGGACAGUAUUGUUUAUUGUCUUUGGAGAUGUGGAUGAGGAUGGCUGGUUUCUGGGAGAGCUGACAGAUGGCACAAGAGGACUGGUCCCUUCCAAUGUGGUUGUGGAAGUUUCCGAUGAUGAACUGGAUACAACGAUGCCUCUAGAGCUUUGUGAUCUCCUGCUGGACACUGAUGAUUAAGUGGAUGCAGAGAUUCCAUAACGCAGCAACAUCCUGUAAAAAUUCCUGCACUGAUUCGUCUGCAAGACUACCCCCUGCUCCACUAGAUGUUCAAGUGGAGUGUGAGCAGGAUGUGGAUCAGCUCCUUCAGGAGCUCUGUGGUGACUGACAGUGUAACUGCAUAGUCUUAUAUAUUAAAAACAAACAAAAAAAAUGAACCAAAAAAACCCAAUAAAACAAACAAAAAACCCAACGCUGUUCUUUUUCUUGGAUACAUUGACUUGAUACUUUUUCUAGCUGAGACUUUGCAAUGAGUCUUGAAGCAGAUUUGAACUGGUAGAAGUUGGCAGUGUCUGCAUUCCGUUCUCCUAAUUUCCUUGCUGGUCGGAGUUAACGUGCCCUGCAUCCGUUCCCCAGCUCCAGCUGUCUCCUGAAUCAUGAGAGCAGCCUUUCCAUAUUGUGAAAACAGCCCUUUCACAUAGUUGGAGUGGAUUCAUGCUGAAGGACAAGAUGCUUGUGGACAUGUAAGCUCAGGAAAAGAAUGUAGAGUCCAUGGAAACUUGCUGCCAAACAACACUAAGAAAGAAGAAUAGACUCCUGUUGUUGAAGAUGGAACAGUAAAACAGAUGCCCCAGCAAAACACAAUGCCAGUACAAGCUGGUUGGGGCUACUCCCCCUGAAAAGGCUGGAAGUUCACAGCGAGGUAGACUACUAGCCCUCAUUCAAUGACUACCAGAGACCCCCACCAUGUUUUUAGGACACGUGCUCAAGAGGGUGGGACAAUAUGUUAAUAAUUUCUCAGAAUUCCAGCCCAUCUUCAUGGAAUGUAAUGAAUAUAUGUAUGCAAUGUCUUUAAAUACGUAACCAUUGCUUUUCUCGGUGUGAGAGGUAGGAGGAGAUAUCCCCCUUGCAUCUGGUGCCAUAAGGAGCACACCUGGUUUAUGACCUUACGUGAGUUAUGAGUUUGAUUCCACACAUCACUCCCUUCACUAUUAAGAGGACUAAGAACUUCUGUCACAGAAGGAUGCCCAUCUGCAAGGCUUACGUUUCAUGCUUCUUCCUUCCUCUCUGCUUGGUAAAACUCCAUGCUGGGCUCAUUUGGAAGGAAGGCUUGGUGUUCUGAUUUCUUGGACAGUCGUUACCUAAAGCCUGGAGUGCCUCUGUCAAGUGUGGCGGUGCAACUCCCGCUCCCCACACUCUCCCCCUUCUCUCAGGCCUCUCAGUGCACUUCUUCUCCUCAGACAAAAGGCGGAGAACCAGUACAUGGAGGUACUCCUCCUCUUCCCUUGCCCCUGCUUGCCUCUGGGUAGCAAGGAGCAAUGAACUGGAACAUUAGGGGAUGCCCUUGUUGUAUCUGACUCCUGCUUUGUGCCCCAUAGCCCAGGAACAAACCUGGAGACAAUGAUCUCCUGGCAGCCUGGGACAUGUGUACACGAAUCACGGCCCAAGUGGGGUAGCUUGGAAUUUGUGAGUCCAGCAAGUUCUGGGCUUUGCACAACUGGUGGAAAGAACCAGAAGAUUUUGCCAUCCAAGGGGGCUGGUAUGGAAUAGGACCCAUCAGAUCUCAAUCGUCUCAGACCCUAUAACUAGAGAUUCUAAGCAAGUGUUAAUAUUUAUAAAUAUCUGAAGGGAAGAGGGAGGAAAAUGGAUGAGGCGCACAUCUUGGUGAUGUGCAGUGGUAGGACAAUGAGCAAUGGCCCAGAACUUGAACACAGGAAGUUCCACGCAAACAUGUGAAAGCCCUUCUUUAUGGUCAUGGUGGGGGAACACCGGGACAGGUUGCCCAGAGAGGUGGUGGAGGUUAUGACCAGCAUCUCCUCUGGGUUGGGACGCCUCUUAGGUACUGCCAAAUCCUCGAGGCCAUCUACCAGUGGAGGCCAGGGCAAAGGCGCCCCCCUGGAGUCAGACUUGAUUAUGAUCUGAUGAGGAAUGGUGGUGGCCUGUUGUAUUUGCUCCACACUCAGGUAGACGCAAAUUGUAAGCAGAAGUCAACUUGCAUUUCUUCCAUCCACCUCCCUACUUAUUUAUCUGUUUUAAUGAUACACAUUUGUUUCACAACUGUGGAUGCUGAGAUAUUUUACUUUUCCACACUUCUUUUGUGUUUGAGUGUAUGUUUGUGUAUGAGUAUCUGUACAUUGAUUUGGGAUGUCCUGUUAUUACGAUAGCACGAAUCUUGUCAUCUGCAAAUCCGUAAUCAGGUCCCUGCUUAAUUGUCACACAUUUCAUUAAAUCACGUUAUUAACCUCCAAA